UUCCACUGAACUUAGGCAUACAGCUAUCAGAAACACAGUUACCUAACUAUAGUAGUGAUUGAGGGUUGAGAAAUGGCUAAAGAUGUUGAGGUUCAAGAGCAAGGAGAAUACUCUGCAAAAGACUAUCAUGAUCCUCCGCCAGCACCCUUGUUCGAUCCCGAAGAGCUCACACAGUGGUCCUUCUAUAGAGCCCUUAUCGCUGAGUUCAUAGCAACCCUUCUCUUCCUCUAUGUCACUGUCCUCACCAUAAUUGGCUACAAAAGACAGACUGAUACCAACGUUGGUGGCACCGAAUGUGACGGGGUUGGCAUUUUGGGCAUCGCUUGGGCCUUUGGUGGCAUGAUUUUCAUCCUUGUUUACUGCACUGCUGGUAUUUCAGGAGGACACAUAAACCCAGCAGUGACAUUCGGGCUGUUCCUAGGACGCAAGGUGUCGUUGAUAAGGGCGUUGUUGUACAUUGUAGCACAGUGUGCCGGUGCUAUAUCUGGCACUGGACUGGCGAAGGGGUUCCAAAAGGCGUACUACAACAGGUAUGGAGGUGGUGCUAACUCUGUUGCUGAUGGGUACAACAAGGGCACUGCUUUGGGUGCUGAGAUUAUCGGUACCUUCGUUCUUGUCUACACUGUCUUCUCUGCCACUGACCCUAAGAGGAACGCUAGGGACUCCCAUGUUCCUGUACUAGCACCACUCCCUAUUGGCUUUGCUGUGUUCAUGGUUCACUUGGCUACAAUCCCAGUUACUGGCACUGGCAUUAACCCAGCAAGGAGUUUUGGAGCAGCUGUAAUCUACAAUGACGACAAAAUCUGGGAUGAUCAGUGGAUUUUCUGGGUUGGACCAAUUGUUGGAGCAGCAGUGGCUGCAUUCUACCACCAAUACAUCCUUAGAGCAGCAGCUAUCAAGGCUCUUGGAUCAUUCAGGAGCAAUGCUUAAUUAAUAAAUAAUUAAGCUUCUUAAUUUUCAACAAGGCUAUGGUGUUUUCUGGAAGAAUAAUAAUUUCCAUGUUGAGGAGUGCUAGUCUGUCUUGCAGUGAUUGCUGUUGUGGGGUUUGGAAUAUAAGGCUAAAACCAUGGGGGGCAUCAAAAUUGUAGAUAAGCAUGUUUCUGUCAAGGGUGUAUUUUGUAUCCCUUUUCUGUCCUUUUUUUUAAAUGUUGCUUUUCAUUUUUCAUUUUACUCUUCUUAAUUAAGUAUUUAUCUUCUCUUAAUCAUCAUCUUUAUAUGUAAUGUAUCUUAACUUGAGCAAUAUUAUAAUGAUUAAGCUGUUGGUUUCUUA